UAUGUAAAAUUCUCCCAAUGAAAAUCCUCCUGUUGGUAUCUAUGAUGAUUUGAUUAUUAAUUUAGAUACAGGAAGCAUUGUUUAGGAAAUUUAUAGAGAAGAAUAUAUUCCAGUUCAAUAGAUUUAAAGAAGAGAGGAAGAUGCAGUAUUUAUUGAUGAAAACCCUUAAAUUGUAUUGGAAAAACUCAUGAAGCUUAAGGAUUGCCAUUACAAAGAGAGGUAAAUUAAAUAGUAAAGAUAGACUUGCUUUUACAAAAAGAUUAGGAGAACUAUUAACAUGGAUAGGAGAUUCUGCAAUUGAAAAUUUAAAUACAAUAAUUUAGUAGAUAGUAAAAUGAAGUUUUAAUUUUUAGUUAGAAGAUGCUGAUGAAAUUAAGAAAAAUUUUAUAGCCCAAUUAGAGUAAAUCUGUGUACUUUUGAAAACAAAAUAAAACAGUUAAGAACUCAUAAAACAACAUGUAGUGAAGGCUUUAUAAGAAUUAUUAAAAUCUAAUAAUUUUGAUGUAAUCAAUAAAUUUAUAAUAAGAUAAAAGAAUAAGCUGGAAAUUCUAUAAGUGUAGUUGCCAAAGAAUUAAAUGAAAGAGAUAGAGGAAAUCUAAUUCUUACUUAAGUAAUUCAAAUGGCACAUGAUGAUAAUAAUGAUGAGAAUGUUAUGAUUGCCGUUAAAGUUAAUAUUAUAAUAUAUUUUAUAGUUAUUUGGUUAAUUGGCUGCAGAUUUCGGACCUGAAUUAUCAGAAUCAUUCAUAGCUUUAGAAAUCCUAUCUAAAGGAGAUGAUGCUAAAUAACCAAUACGUAAAGAGGCUGUUCUUCAAUUGGCUAACAUUGCUAAAGUUCUUUCUAAAGAUUUUAUAAAACAUAGAUUAAUCCCAUUCUUUUCUAAGUAAAUUAUUAGAUUAAUUAAUAUAGAAAAACUGAAGAAAGAACAUGGCAAACAAGAAAGGCAUGUCUUGAUAUUAUAGUUAAAUUAGCUGAAUAGACAGAUACAGAAAAUUUUGAUUUGAUUACAGGAAGAUUACUUGCAUUAUUAGAGUAAAAUAAAAUUGAAUAUAAAAAGUGAUUAAAAUAAAUGGGUUAAAUAGCAUGCAUAUAAAUAAUUAGGAAAAUACAUAUCUAUCAUUACAAGAUCAGAAAAUAUAAAUGAUAAACUCUUAGAAUUCUAUUUGAAAAUGAAUGAUUCUGACAUAAGAGAAUUAGGAAUAGAUAAUGAAGUAAAUUCAAUUAUAUAUUAUAGAUUGUUAUUGAAUGUGCAUUAUAUUUCCCAGCUGUACUCUAAGUUUAUACUGAUAAAAAAUGGCCAUAACUUAGUAAAUUGUUUAUGAAAUUGAUUAAUCAUAAAGAUAAGGUAUAAAUAGAUAAUAUUUCUUUGAGAGUAAAAAAACCUUUGGCUUGUAGUAUUCAUGUUUUAGCUAAAUUAUUGGGACCCUAAUUGGCUUAUUAAGAAUUACUUAAAGUCUUAGAAUAAUUGCUUUAAGAUCCAAAUGAUGAAAUCAAACAUGGUGCAGUUGAAAAUCUAGGAUUAUUUUUUGAUGCCAUAGAAGAAUCUAAAAGAGCAUCAUUAAUUGAUAUCUUAUUGAUUAUAUAGAAGGAUUAAAAGAAAUGGAGAAUCAGAGAAUUAAUUGCUAAAUAAAUUUCACAUUUAGCUUAAGUUUUUGAUGUUGAAACUGUAUUUUCUAUUAUACUCCCAGUCUCAACUAAGUUAUGUAAUGAUAAUGUAUAUGCUGUUAGAAAAGCAGUAAAUAUUUUUAAUUUAAUUUAGGCUGCAAAAUAAAUAUUUGAACUUUAUGAUAAAUUUUCAAAAAGUCAAAAUGAAUUAUAUUUCAGUGUUUUGAAAUAAAAUAUUUUAGGUUUUGCAAAUAGUAAUAUGUUCAAUUAAAGAUAAAGGUAUUUAAUGUAUUCAAAAUAGUUUUGUUAUUAUGUGUGAAAAACUAAUGAGAUAUGAAUAAUUUCAAGUUGAUUUUCUUGAAGCUUUCAUAAAUUUGGGAUAGGAUCCUAUUAAAAAUGUCCGUAUAUCAGUUGCUAAAGUUCUUCAAAAACAUUUAUUCAAACCUAAAUCAUCAGUAAAUGAUGGUUUGUUUAGAGAAUAAACUUCUAUUUAAACUCUAUGGAAUUUAUUAAUAAAAGAUAAUAUUGUAUUGAAUUCUUUAAAUAAUAAGAAGUAUCCUUUUACAAAGUAAAAUAUUUAAAAAUAUUUAGUUAACAAAAGGUUCAAUAAACAUAAUUAACAUAAAGUUAAGUUAAACUUCAAUAAUCAGAAUAACAAAAUAUAGUAUAAUAAUAGUAAUAAAAUUUAAAUGAUGAAGAAUAAUAAAAAAUUAAUGUCUCAGUUUCUGAAUAAAAUUAAGUAAUUCAAAAUCAAGAAUUAAUGAUUUUAGAAGAAUAAAGUGAAAAGACUAAUCAAAUUGAAUAAAAUGAAGAAUAAGUAAAAUAAGAAGAUGAAAUUACAUAAACUAUAGAUAACACUGAAUAAAUUACAAAGGAAAAUAAUUAUGAAGAAAACCUAUAAAAUUAAAUUUAAUUGGAAUCAGAAUUAAAUGAAGAGAAAUAGGAAGUAGAAAAUUAAUAGGAAUAAGAAUAAUAAAAAAUUGAAUAAAAUGAAGUAGUAGAAAAUUCCUAAAACCUUAACGAAAAUGAAGAAAAAGAAAUAGAGUAAGAAUGA